CAGGCUAGACAGCCUCCGCCGGAGUGCACGGCGCUCGGUUCUGUGCCCAGGGGUGUGCUCCCCGUGCGGGGGCUGGAGUGUGGCACUGCCGCCGGAGAGCCUGCGGAGGUCCGGGUUGUGCAGCCGAGCAGGACCAGGUGUACCUUUCUAGAGCCACCCUUUGCAGUCUUGAACCUCAAGAAAAGAUGUGGAGUGGGCUGCUGCCUCCUGGUCUAAAUGAAAGUGAUGUUGAGUCAGAUUCUGAAGAUGAAGCCACAUUAGAGAACUCUGGACUUAACUUACCAGAAGAUAAAGAGGAUGGGAUCAUUAGAAAAACAGAAAUCUCAGAUUUCCCAACAGAUGGACCAAAAACUGAAACAGCGGCAAAUGUAAAUGCAUAUGAAGAGUGUCCUUCUGGAAUUCCCUUAAAUAUGUGGAAUAAAUUUCAAGAAUUGCAUAAAAAACAUUCUGAACAGAAAACCUCAGCCUCAAGAUGCAGAGGGAAGAAAAGAAAACGCUCCAGAAAAGGUAAAUUGAAGAGUGAAAAGGAAUUUCAUAGUGAACAGUCCUCAAAUGAAACCCAGUGGAAGGAGCUUACUCAGUAUUUUGGAGUCAAUGAUAGAUUCGAACCCCCUGUUAAAAAGAAAAAAAUUGACAAGUCAGGUCUUGAAAAGAGGAUAGAUCAGGCUGUGGAGGAGUGGAAUAUUGAGAAGGCCGAGGAGCUCAGCAACCAGCUAGCUACUCGAGAGCUUGGUGUAAAAAUUGCCAAAGCAGUUGCCUGCCACAAUUUUGUAAAAGCCAAAAAGGAGGCUGAAAAUUCACAGGCUGCUCGAAAAAAGAAGAAACUCGCAUGGGGGUUUGAAGCAAAGAAGAGAUGGGAAACCAAAAGCAACAUGGGAUAUAUGUAACUUGCCAGAGUUCUUCAGGACAUUUGUAGACUCAAGCACUCAAUUUAUUGAAAAGAUUUUUUUUCUUAUGUUAAAUAUGUCAGGAAAUGGAUAAAAGUAGAAAAAAUAAGCAUAAAAUCUGGGAAUUAUUA